UAAAGAUAUUCGGGAAAAUGAUCAACAGCUAUCAAAGACAAAGUUUCAAAUCUGUAUGUGUAACGAUAGCAAACACAAGCACCAAGUCUAAGCAGUUCUCUCUGUUCUGUCGGAAAAUAAUUGUCAACAAAAGUACCCAGGCUAUUGUUGCGAAAUGUGGGGUUAUGACUUACCUUAAAGAAGACAUGGAAUUGAUCAGUGAUAUAUAUGAGUACCUUGUAAAUCAAAAUGUUGAAGAAGUUGGGAUUACAGUGCCAGUGUAUACAACAUGCUCUCGAUUUGAUACUGUUUAUAUAAUUGAUAGCACAGGGUCAAUGUUCAAAUGUUCGGAUAUUUCAGAGGUUGAUAAGGUUAUUUACUAUUCUUCAUGCAUGAACUUGAGGGCAUAUGAAAAUAAUAUCUACUCAUUUGCGGUGGUCAUGGAAACAAAAUAUGACACAUUUACGGUAACUGGAAUGGCUGAAACAUUGACGUCAUCAGUAGAAAACGAAUUCAAAGUACAAUUGCCGAACACAUGUUUACCGAAAAAUACUCGGUUGUCUUUGAAAGUUAUUCCAACAGAAGAAUACCAAUCGACAUUGAAUUCAGAGCUUAUCAAAUCUACAUCAAACUUCUGUGAGGUAAAAAUAAAUCAGAAGAAUAGAAGGGCACUUGCUAUUUCAUUACCUGUACCACGUGGUGUUGAGGAAAGCACGGCAGAAGAUACAGAUGUUACAGUUUUUCAUUAUGAUGAAGAGACGCAGACGCCAUCUGAGUGGAGAGAAGUAGAGUCUGUGUGGAGACCAGGGUCUAGUCAUGUUACAGUUACAGAUACGUCCAUUAGCUCCGGAACGUGUAUUGUCACUGAAGUUCGGAAGAAUAGGGAGAUUAAUGUUCUGUCUAGAAUCAAAGAAUUCGUUAUGUGGCUAUAUAACACCGCUCUUAAGAGAAAAGCCUAUGUGUGCUUUUUUGCAAUGACAAAACACUGUUCAGGAGAAACGUUUAGACUUUUAGUUGGACUCAGCGAUACAAAAAUUGCUAAUGACCAUAUGAAAACACUGGAGAAAGAGAAAUAUGUUACCGAAUUUUCGCAGAAAACUUCAAAUUAUUUGGUUAAACCUGGAACGAGAUUCUGUGCAUGUUGGAAAUUCAACUCUGAAAGUGCCGUAUCUUCUGAAGAACUAUCUCUAACUUAUCAUAGAGACACGCCUUCUUAUCAAGAUUUCAUUAUAUCCGGAAAGGAACAUGAUUUUCUGCAAGUGACGAUUAGUGUGUGCAAUAACAAAAUAAGUGUAGGAAACGACAUAGAGACUCGCAUUCUUACCAAAAUAAACGUAGAGCUUCUUCUGCAACGGAAUGAUAAUAAAAAGCACGGUUCAAGUCUUGAAUUUACAGAAUAUCCAGAUAAUAGGUUUUUAUCUUGGCUGGCACAAGAAAUAGGACACGAGUGGAUGAUGAUAGGGAUUGGUCUCGGUCUGAAGUCCAGCUAUCUAGAGAGCAUUGAACGAGACAAUUCUCCGACAAGAGCAAAUCUCACGAUGCUUUACACAUGGCGAAUAGAUCAGAAUGAGAAAGAUGAUAUUGGGUUGACAGUUUUGUUACAAAGUUUAACACUCGUACAAAGAAAAGAUCUGGUGGCGAAGAUCAACUCAGAUGUCCAAGAUUUGUUGACCAGAAAACCCAAUGAACGGGUAUGUAGAUGGGUUAGAAAGCUGUCGACUCCAGCAGAUGUGAUGAAAGCAGAAGCAGCGGAUGUGACGUCAGCAGAUGCAGAUGAAGAAUUAGAUGACGUAGAUGGCGUUACUCCUAUAACUGAUACGGCGUCUGUCUGCAAGGACUCUCAUAGUGAUCGUUUGUGUAUCAGUUGCCUUACUGAACCGGAACAAGCAUCUCCUUUAUCAGAGCUAUUCUUGGUUCAUAUAGCUUCUGUUGUGGGUUCAGACUCACAACUGAUCUUACAACUUGGGCUUCCUCAAUCGGUCACGGAUGAGAUUAGGCACACUAUACGUGAACCAGUAUCUGCAAUGUUUAAGUGUCUACUUCUUGCACAAAGGCGGUAUAGUGAUUCUGUUGAUUUUUUCAAAGAUCUUUUGGAAGGACUGACAGUGCAGGGUAAAAUACAUCCAAAAACGGAAAUAAAAGAAUUAUGUAGAAAAUGGUUUAAAAUAAAUAGUUCAUACAAGAACAAUAGACAGUUACAGAAACUCGAACACGUUCUGGACACAUAUUGAACACGAACGAAAAUAGAUUUGAAAAUUAUAUAUCACAUAAAAACAUGGCAGUACAGAAACAGAG